CCAACCUUUCACAGACGCCAUUUUGUCAGGAAUCGUUGGAAGGAAGAGAAGAAACAAAAUCUGUCCGCAAACUAUCAACUUGUAUUUGAAAACUAAACCAGGAGAAAAACAGCCGUUCUUCAAAACCCAUUAUCUUCCGCGAGGAAAGGGAAUCCUAUCGUAUGUCCGCUAUCCAGAACCUCCAAACUUUCGACCCCUUUGCUGAUGCAACUAAGGGUGAUGAUCUGCUCCCGGCUGGGACUGAGGACUAUAUCCACAUAAGAAUUCAGCAGAGAAACGGCAGGAAGACUCUCACCACUGUCCAGGGAAUUGCGGAAGAGUAUGAUAAAAAGAAACUAGUCAAAGCUUUCAAGAAGAAAUUUGCCUGCAAUGGGACUGUGAUUGAACGUCCUGAGUAUGGAGAAGUGAUUCAGCUCCAAGGUGACCAGCGCAAGAAUAUCUGCCAGUUCCUUACUGAGAUCGGCUUGGCUAAGGAGGAGCAGUUGAAGGUUCAUGGAUUCUAGUGAUGCCCAGAUCCCAAUAAAGCUAGAUGUUUGUUACAGCCCUUGCAGCUUCCAUUAAAUAAUGACAGCUUCUGAUUAAGACUCUUAACAUUUUCCAGGCAUUGGAAUAUGGGACGAUUCAAUGCAAUUAAGGACACUGGCAGGUAGCUUAUAAUGUGAUCAGUGUACAAUGCCAAGUGGCGGCAAGAGGAACCACUCUGGGAAUGAAACGCUGGCUUUUUGGUUUUGUAAAUUUUUCGUGAUCUUUUAAAUGUGCUUUAAAAAGCACUAGUCCAUGUUUAAGUUUUUGUACAAUGUUUCAAAAUAAAACCUGCAGACAUAA